UACAGCACCAGCAGGUCACUGAGCGAAGUCACCCGACUCGAAGGAGGAAGAUCCGGAGUCCUCUGGAUCUUUGAUCAACCUGCUUCAAUCCGUUUGACUCGACUGAACCGCUGCAAUGAAUCACAGCAAGACCGAAUUAGAGCCUAUUGAAUAUUCCUACUAUGAUUAUUCAGACUGGUACUCGGACAACGCAGAGCCAACCAAGCCACCCAAAGAAGUUAUUUUGCCAUGUGACCCCACAGCGGACGACAGGAUCUUCCACAUAUGCAUGCUGUCGAUAUCUCUUGUGGUCGUGUUAAUCCUGGCAGUUCUCACCAGGAAAAACAAAUUCUGCCAAGGAUUUACAAGAGGAUCCUCCAGUAUCUUCAGUCCAGCCAACUUCCUGGACCAGACUCAGAAAAAAGGCCUCGUCGUGGCUGUUUUUGGACUGGUGUUUAGCAAGCUAGCAAUGCUGGUGAUCGCCCCAGACCCUCUGCCUUUCUCCAAAGACACUCCAGCGAACCUUAAAGAGUACAUGAAGAUAAUCGCCAUCUUCUACUAUCCUGUCCUGUAUUAUCCUCUGUUGGUCUGUUGCACUCUGCAGCACAAAGCAGGUUAUGUGUUCGGGACGCUCCUCUCCUUCAGUCACUUCGCGGUCCUGGUGUGGCAGAAGUUUGACUGUCCAAAGACUCCAGAGAUCUAUAAGUACUACGCUCUGCUUGCAAGUCUGCCUCAGUUGGCCUGCCUUGCAUAUCUCUGUGUCCAGUUUAUUUUGCUGUUUGUGAAAGGACCAAAGACUGACGAGGAUCUGGACAGCAGCUACUACACCAACUAUGUGAAGUCCCUUCUCAAGAAAAAGUCCUCGACUGCCGGCUCUUCAACUACAGACAAACCAACGCUGGCAGAGAGGAUACUGGAGGUGCCUAAGAGUUAUAUUUAUAUACCAGAAAAAGUGUUUCAUUUUCCACUAAAACUGGCUGUAUCAGCAUUUGUUGCCCUUGUGGCGAUAUAUCAUACGGCGUUGUUGUUAGUCGUCCUGGUGGUCCCCACUCUCCACAUUGUCCGUGCUGGUAUCGAUGAAAACAUCGCCUUCCUGUUGCUGGGGUUUGGGAUCGUUCUGUCAGAUGACAGGAUGGAGGUCGUCAAAAUUGUGACCUUCUAUACUUGGCUGCUGGAGGUGUGCUACCUCUGUGCGAUGACCUUGUCUUGUUUGGUCAGUCUUAUCACGCUCAUGAGGUCCAUGGUACUUCACAGGUCAAACCUGAGAGGACUGUAUAAGGGAGAUGUUUACAGCAUUUAUAACAGCCAGAAGACCAUCCGUCCAUCUAAACCUGGUAUUGUCUGUUGGAUGGGUUUGACCGGAUACCAGGCUGCAAUCGUCUGCGUCGGAAUGGCAAUUCAGACUGUUGUGUUUUUCAUCUGCUUCUUGUUCCUGGUGUUUCUGAUCAUUAUCCCUGUUUUUUACGGUCGUAAUGUCAUCGCCUUCACAAUCGCGGGGAAGGCAUGGCCGGGCUGGGUCACACUGGCCCUGGUUACAGUGCUUCAACAUGUGACUGCUAAGUUUGCUUUCAUCAAAAAGGAAGCCGGUACGAGAGACUUGAACAACAGAGAGAGUCUGUUCCUCCUGACGUACCUGCUGUUCCUGAUCAACACCGUAGUGGGACUGAUAGUCGCAAUAUGGAGAAUGGUGAUAACAGCUCUGUACAACAUCGUCCAUCUCGGUCGUAUUGACAUCAGUCUGCUGCAUCGCACCGCAGAGUCCUACGAUCCAGCCUACCGAUACUACGCCCACUCCCUGAAGGUGGAGGUCAGCCAGUCACACCCGGUGAUGAAGGCUUUCUGUGGGCUGCUGCUGGACAUGAUGGUCGAGGGCGGCAGAGCUGGGCAGAAGAUAAGAGACGCAGAGGAAGCCUGCUCCUCCGUGCUUUCAGGGAUUCAGGAGAAUAGGCCAAACAAGGCGACCAGCCGUCAGAGGAUUCGCUCUCGCUGGCAGCUGCUGUACACGCUGGUCAACAACCCGUCCCUGCUGGGCUCCAGGAAGCACUUCCAGACACAGCAGACCUCGGAAACCGUCCUGAACGGGACCCCCAAAUGCAGCUCCAAGAAGGAGCCUGCUGCCGUGCCAGUCCAGCCCACCGAGACCCCAACAAACCAAGAUAAAACUGAUUGAGAUCCCUAAUAUACUGUUUGUAGUGUGGUUGGCAGUAUACUCCAAACUAAAUCUGACUUAACAAGUAUGGCAUAAAAGUUAUACUUGAACUUGUAUAAACAAAAACAUGGUCCUUAUUUUUUACAACUAAUGCCAAUUUGUUUUGCAGUAUUUGCACACGGCAACUAUUCCUCAUGGUUCAGGUUAUGGAAAUAUCGUGGUAAUGACACAUAAACUACAGUUAAAGGUCCAGUGUGUAGGAUUAAGGGGGAUGAAAAACAAAGUGAAAAACUGUUUUCUUAAUAUCACUUGAAACUAAGAAUCCUUUCGUUUUUGUUAUCUUAGAAAGAGCCGUAUAUUUAAGUGUGGAGCUGGUCCUCUUCGUGGAGACGACCAUGUCGUAUCUCCAUGUUUCUACAGCACGGGCCAGAAAGGACAAACAAACACUGGGUCUAGAGAGAGGUCUUUUUGCAUCGGCCGUCAUAGUUCUCACACACGCGUGGCACUCGGGAGAAGUUUCAGUUGGUUGUAAUCUGCAACCUCACCACUAGAUGCCUCUAAAUCCUAAACACUGGACUAUGAAUUUAAAGUAUGCUUAGAGUUAAUCAACUAACAUUUUUGGUCAAGAUUAGAAAAAGAUGGGGAUACUGGGCUCGGUGAUCAAUUUCAAAUGUCCACAAAGAAGGUGAGCCUCGUGGCUUCUGAUCCACAAAGGCACCAAAAAAGACAAAGAUAUAGAAGCUAACAGCGGCACAACUUCCAAAAACCAACUGAAAUGUUACUAAUAUUAGAUCCCUGAAGCACCCUGACAAUAAUAUCAAUGACAAUACGACUAUGAUGAAAAUCAAACUUUCAUUGUGUUCUGCUUGUGCAGGACAGUUGAGGCCUUUUAGUAAUUGCAUAUUGACAUGCACAGUGCCAGUUCUGAUCAAUGGCAGGCAGUCAAUAGGAGGCCAUGGUCCACUUCUGCCUCUGGUUAAUGCAGUUACAUCGACACAUGCUGGUUCUCAAUGUGUUCUCAGUUCACCAUGCUGUCCAUGAUGUUCCAGGGAGUUUGUAAUUUGAUCAACCAAGAUAGAACUAUGUCAUUUCUCAUUUAAUAAAAAUCUCCAAAACUGGAGUCACAAAAAUGUCAUACAAGAACAACAUAUUCCAUUGUAACCUUUGAAUUAAAGCAACUAAUUACUGUUCAGGUAAUAUAUUCAUUAUAUUUGUUAGAAGUUUCUACUUAUAUUUCUUAGCUUCAUAGUUAUUAUGGGAUCAAUAAUAUGAUGUGAAAUUGAGAUUGAUCAUAUUUUCAAUUAUAUAUACGGAAUAUAGUUUUCUGCUACAUGAUGUAUUUCCUACAUGCCAUUUUAAUGGAUAUUAUUUACAAAUAAACUGGUUUCACAACAUUUGACAAGAAAGUAGUUAUGUUGUUAAAUUCGUAUCCCAUUUUUAAAUUAUAAUAAAAUGUAUA